AUGGACGACUCGUACGAUCAAAUCAUGGACGACGUUGACGACCACGGUCUCACAGCCAACCAGGGUGCCAACAUUGAUAUCCUGGAGGAGGAAGACACUCACCCCCGCCGGUCAUCCUACCACCACAGCCAUGACGAUGCUGGCCGUCGCCGCGGUGAUGAGAACAGCGGCAGCGACCGGGACCGGGAACGUGACAGCAGGGGCGAUGAUUACCACCGUCGCCGCAGAGACUCGCGCGAUUAUGGAUCCAGCGGCACGCCUGGUGCCUCUGGAGCAGAUGCGACCGCUGCAGUAGUAGCAGGAGGAGCAUCGAAAUCGGCGGGAGGUCGCAGUCGCAGCCGAUCGCCUGCUGGCGGUCAACACCACGAGGAUUCCUAUCGCGGUGAACACCGUGCAUACGAGACUACCAGUGGCUCUCGGGAUGACAAGUAUGAGACGGAUCGUGGGGAGCGUCGUGGAUCGGAUUAUGAAAGGGCGCCACGUGGAGGACGAUCGAGAUCUAGGAGCCCUGUUGGGACAACUUCGUCUGGUAGAGUUGCGCCCGGCUUUUUGAGGGAACGACGCGUCUAUGUUGGCAACCUUUCGUACGAUGUUGCCUGGACUGAUCUCAAGGACUUUAUGCGCGAAGUUGGACCGGUGGCACACGCAGAUGUGCUCUUGGGCCCUGACGGAAAGUCAAAGGGCUGCGGAGUAGUCGAGUUCCAGACUGCAGAGGAUGCCAAGACAGCCAUUCGUAAGAUGAACGAUGUGGUCCUCAGGGGCCGCCCCGUUUUUGUCAGAGAGGACCGGGAAUCUGGAGAGAGAAUCGGAGCCUCUGGUGGCCGUGCUCAGUCCUCUAGAUCUGCUGAUGUUGCCAUCCGUCAGGUCUUCGUUGGCAACCUGCCAUUCUCAGUUCACUGGAAGGAUCUGAAAGACAUGUUCAGGAGAGCAGGACCGGUCGACAGGGCGGAUGUCUUUAUGAACGGCGACAUGCGGUCUAAGGGAUCUGGUAUCGUCUUAUUCGAGAGAACUAGCGACGUUCAGCGAGCCAUUUGCGAUGGUACUGGACCAAUGAGAAGAAACAGGAGAUCCCAUAGAGAAUUUUGGAAGCAUCCCGACAAUGAGGCCUUGUUGACUUUUGCCGAGACCAGCCAUGGAAAGGAGGACCAGCACCAGUAUGCCGACACCUGCUCGCAGCUUCGUGCAGACAAGUUUGGACCUCAGGCGGGAUCUCGAUCUUCGCACCGUGGAGACGAUUACAGACCCAGCCAUGGCGGAUACUCAGAAUCUCGCGAAUCGCGUGACCGUGGUUAUGGCUCGACGACCAGCAGUAGCCGUUAUGACGAUUAUAGACGCGAGAGCAGCUCUGGCCGGUCACGCGAUUACUAUGACAGUGGCAGCCACGGCCACUCGUCCUCCUCCCGUAGCGGCCGUCAUGACGAUAUGUCGAUGGCCUCUGUUCCCUCUGGCCCAGCUGCCGGCUCUGGCGACCGCAUCUAUGUCCGCAACUUGCCUUUCACGACGACUAAUCAGGAUUUGAGGGACUUGUUCAGGAUCUGUGGAUCGAUUCGGUCGGCAGAUGUGUUGAUGCAGGAUGGUCGUGCCAAGGGAUCUGGUGUUGUCCGGUUCGAGUCCUUUGAGUCUGCCGACAAGGCCGUUGCCAAGUUCAAUGGAUAUAGCUAUGGAGGCCGCUCGCUCGAGAUUACCUACGACCGCUAA